CAGUAACUUAAACCCCACAAACUCCACCUUCUGAGUGAGGAAGCUGUGGGUUGAUGGAAAUGUAGUGAGCAGAUUGAGACAGACAGUGAAUCAUUAGCGAACUGCAACGCCAGGAUGAACUUGUCUGGAACCUAAAAGGAGGAACCGUCGCGGAGGCUUUUGCUGCGCCGGGUUUUGCUAAACACAGCCAAAGUGGAUCUAAGAGCUGGUUGAUCCCCAGUCCAAGAUGCUGCUGGUUUCCCAGCGGGUAGAAGCACCACGCAUGGAGCCGCAUAUUCCGUUACAGGGAUCCAUUAAAAGAAAACUGGAAGAUGAUAGCUCUCCUGCCUCCAGCGGUGUGCCUGAUGUCAUUUUCCCCAAUGACAGCAAAAGACUCUGUCUUGACGACGUAACCCUUUCCAUGGGCCAAGGUACCAAUCCCAAUGUGGCGUGUCCGGAUAUGCAGAAUUCGCCGUUCUCCACCAGCCACAGCGCUUCCUCCCUGGGAGUAGCAGGUCACUCAGUGCUCCUGGAAGGCAGUCACCUGAACGGCAGCGGCAUCGGUUCUCCUUUUCCAGUUCCACCCAACACAGAAAUAAACCAGAAGGGGUCAAUAGGAGGACAGAAUAACAACAUUGUCCACUAUGACGAGAAAGGAAACAACUUGCAGACUGUGGACCAAGAACUGCAAGAUCUAUUGGAAGAGCUGACAAAAAUGCCUGAUCCUUCCCCCAACGACCUGGAUCUGGAGAAGAUUUUGGGCAGCAAGGCUGAAGAGCCCCUAGGACUGAGUCAUUCUCAAUCAAGCAUGAGUACCACUCCAAAGUCCUCGCCGCAGACUUCCCAUUUGGAGAACCACGUUGCUAACAAAGAUUUUUCUCCAGGCUGCAAUCCAGCCAGCGGAGGAUCUCCUCAGAUGAGACCGUCGUCUGCUGGAGCUAGCUUCCAAGUCCCUCCCUCAAACAAACCUGCCGCAUCGCCCAUCUCCACAGCAGCCCAGGGGAAGAGCCAGCCACCACCUAUGCUUCCGGUUCCCUUACCCAGCAUGCCUGGCUCCAACUGGCACGCGCAGCAGCUAAAGCAGCUCGCAGCUAGCAAGCAGGUAUCUACUACCAAGCAACAAGUUCAGGCUCCCAGCUGGCCAACUAUGUCUCCUCCUGGUCUCUCUCCCCCUUACAGGGCAGGAUCAUCCCCACACCAUCAACCGUUCAGCCCCCAGAAUGUUAUGGUGUCUGGCAUGCCCUCUAAUAAUUUACCAGGAAACAAUAUUCAGAGUCCUCAAAACACUCUGCUCUCAAGCAUGGCUCCCAGCAGCACCCCGUCCAGUGGGCCCUCUCCUCCCUACGGGUCGGAGAAGCUUUCCAGCCCGGCUCUGAACCAGCAGCCUUUCAGCCCUCAGAGCGCCAUGCUGCCCACCCUGACGUCCGCCAGCAUCCCAGCCAACAAUAUCAAAAGUCCACAGAACAACCUGGUUGCCAGCAUGGCCUCUACAAACACUGGACCUUCUCCGCCUUACAGGCCAGAAAAGCUGUCAAGCCCAGCUCUGCACCAGCAGCCCUUCAGUCCUCAAGGUACAUUAAUCUCUAACAUCACUCCCACCAGCAACCCCACAAGUAUGCAGAGCUCGCUUUUUAAAUCAAUGACUCCAAACCAGUCCAAAAAUAUGAACAUAAUUAUGCAACAGCCGUCUAGUAGCUUACAGCCAGGUCUGGUGAAUGAGAGCCCUGUUAGCCAAGACCAGUUUUCUUUCAAUAACACCAAACCACUGUCUCACUUUGCCUCAGAGUCAGCUACUCAAAAGAUGUCGCCCAUGACAGCAGGACAAGGGCAGCAGUCUCUCAUUCACUAUCUCCAGCAACAGCAGCAAUCUCCAGCCACGCAGCAGUCCCAGCAGACUAACAACAGCCAGUUCCUCCAGCAGCAAUUUCGACAACUGAUGCAGCCACAUCGGAUGCAGAGACACAUGCAGCCCGCUGCACUGCCAUCUCAAAACAGACAGGAUCAAAAUCCUGGAAUCGUUGCCAGGCUUCAGGAGCCGGGCUCCAUCCCAAGCGGAGGCUCUGUGCCGGCACCAGCCACGGUGAACGGGUACACGAUGAGGAACCAUUUACUGAAGCAGCAGAUAAUGAAACGCCAGCUGAUGCAGGAAAAGCAGAGACAAAACAUGCUGGGAGUAACAUCUGAGCAGAGGAGUUUGUUUGCGGCUCAGCAGAUGAAUCAGUUUCAAGCUGUGCAGCAGCCGAUUCCUACUGACUGCAGCCAGCCGAUGCCAGCUCCUCCAGCCAACCACCGCAUGCUGCCGUCUAACCCAGCCCUCCUGCAGAGCACCCUGGGCUCCGGCAUUGCCCCCGCCACGGCCAGCCAGAGCAGCGGGACGAUGGUGAUGAUUCCACACAAUCCUGGUAAACAGCAGGGGAUUUUUCCGCCUAACUCUGACUUUAACAUCCCACUGCGGCCAAGCCAGAACUCGCUGGGCAUGAACUCGGGAUGCCAAACAGUACAUAGCCACUCUGCUGUGCGGCCGGGAAUGGCGAUGGCAGGCUUUAGUUCUGGUUCCCUAGCAAAUCACUCUGCAACUCAACAACACUUGAGACAGCCGAGUAUGCCAAGAAUCCCUAACGUCUAUCCCAACUCAUCUGCCCAGAUGUGGACACCAACUGCUGUGCCAAGGAUGCCAAAUCAAAGCCAAAUGGAUGCCAGCAUGCAGCAGUUCUCCAGUAGCACUCUUUUCUCUAAACAGAACAUGAGACCAAAUACAUCAGGUCAGCAGUUUUCCCAACAGGCCGUAGUGCCACCUAAUCAGAUUGCUCCCGGCGUCCAGGUCAGACAGAUGCAAAAACUAAGCAUGGGGCAGUCUGGCCAGGGCUUGAGCUCAAUGAGUAAUCAGAACUUGAGACACAAUUUAACCAGAGGACCAUUGCCAGCUAUGAAUGUUAUGAAAUCCAUGCCACAGGGAGUGUCCAGUUUUAACCAGCUCAAUCCUGCCUCAGGCCUUGGCCCGCCAAGUUACCCUUCCACGGGCCAGCCAUCCGAUACGUUCAGCCGAAUGAGCGCUGCCGCUGAGCUGCCCCAGUAUGACUUUGUGCCCCAGCACAGUAACUCGAUCCUGCCUGGCAACUGCAGUGACACUGACUUCCUCGACUCUCUCAUGAAGAACAGCAGCAGCAAUGACGAAGAGUGGUUGAACAAUUUGACAAUGAUAGACGACAUUUUGGGACAGCAUGCUCAAAGCUCCGGACAUGUGUAGCUCAGAGAGAAGCAGUCUUGUUGUACAUAACGUAAGUAUGACUUUUAGAAAUCAGAGACAACCCAUGAAAACAGCCACCUCUUUCAAUACAGAAUGAAUGGACUCAGCCAAUUCUUUGCCUGCAUCAAAGUUUAAUAUUGGCAGUUUUUCAGAUGACUGUAUAUAUUUGAAUAUUUUGUAAAUUAUGUUUUCCUAAAACUUAAAUAUAGAAGUAUUUAUACUUCUUUGUUGGACUGUUUGUAAAUAAAUCUAUAGCAUAACUUUUGGUUUUAUUAUAGGGAUUUCAUUAUACCUUGUUAUAAAUAUGCAAAUAAUAUUGUUAGUUUCAGUAAUACUGUGUAUUACAGCAUAAAAUACUUAUGUUUUUGACAUAACUUAACACAUGAGCUAGGGGUGUCAUUGCAACCAGACUAUGCAGAAAUCAAAUGUGGCAUCUGUGCUCCCAUAUCAAGAGAAAAGAUUGAGGAGUUGCAUUAAAAAUAUAUAUAAAAGAAACUGCCGAUUCACUCGUAGCCUCAAUCUUGCAAACUGCUUCGGGUACGCAGGUCCCAUCAGGGCUGUCAGUGCAUUCAGGGAUCUGCCUGCAGAGACCCAUUUGCAAGAUCACAGGGAAGUUCUCAGCUUGGUACACUCCCACGCAUUGGUUAGACGCUGGCAGUGCACAGUGCAUCGUCCUGCAGUGGGUAUGUGCUCGUGAUACUACAGCUGUUGACGUGUGUGGGUGUGCACGUGUGUGGGUGUGCACGUGUGUGUGUGUGUGUGUGUGUGCACGUUGCAGCCAGCUGAGGAACUGCACUGCAUGACAUGAGUUACACCGAAGAGCAAAUACUGCCUGGACAUUGCGAAGGCUUCCUGGGGACUGUGUCAUUCAGUGAAAAGGUAGUUCUGGUCUGCACACCUCUGCCAUGUAUAUUUGUAGUGUACAGGUGAUUCGUUCCUGGUUUUAAGGCUUUUCAUAAUUUCUGUUUUAAUGUGAGACUUUUUUCAGGGGAAAAGUCUAUAAACAUUAAUAGUUAAUUUUUUGAUGUUUUUCUGUCAGCUACUAUUGUCCUAUGUAUAUUUAAGAGUCUGUUUAUAAAAGAUUCACUGUACUGUAAACUUCUUAAAAUGUUCAUACUUUGUGUAAUCAUAUUUUAAUAGUCACGUCAUACUUCGCAAUACAUUUGUAAUAUAAUGUCGGCUUCAAGCACAGAAUGUUUUUUUCUUCAUACCAUAAUAAACUGCCAGGGGAAAAUUGCA